AUGGCUGCUGCGUUUCUGACGCCAGCCUCGACCUCGAACGCAACACUGAUUCCUACAGGCGCCCGAGACGCAGAUUCCAGCGACGCUCAUCACCUCUCCGUCGACUCGGGAGGACAUUCGACGCCCAUUCUCACCCCGUCGCAGUCGAGCAACGGCCAACCCGACACCGAUUCGAACCCAGGCUUUGAUGACGACUGGCACCCAUCAUCUGCGACUAGCAAUCCUGGUGGAUACGCGGGACCCACGCGCCGCCCAUCCAGCCUCGACCUCGACCGCGACCGCGACAUUGACCGGCGCGCCGGCGAGGUCAUCGACGGGGAGCCGACAAUCAAUCGAUCGAUACGCGAGGAGGCAUUCGCAGAAAUGUCGACAUGGGCGGGGCAGCCCCAUAUCAGGGGGAGUUCCGAGGCGAUGCGCAUGGUUCUCCUGACCUUCAACGCCAUCGGCAUCACCUUCACAUGGGGAGUGGAGAUGACCUACUGCACACCAUAUCUCCUGAAUCUUGGCCUCACCAAGAGCAAUACUUCGCUUGUGUGGAUUGCUGGGCCUCUGUCGGGACUCAUUGUUCAGCCUAUCGUUGGCGUCAUUGCUGAUCAGUCCACCUCAAAAUGGGGUCGCCGGCGUCCUUUCAUCGUCAUGGGCUCGAUUAUUGCCGCCUUGAGCAUGGUCGUUCUGGGCUUCACCCAGGAAAUUGUGGGCUUUUUCGUUGCUGACGAGAAGUCUGCCCGCGGCUUCACGAUAACGCUUGCAGUCCUGGCAAUCUAUGCCGUCGACUUUGCUAUCAAUGCGGUCAUGUCCUGCGCCAGGAGCCUGAUCGUCGACACUCUACCCAUCGAGAAACAACAAGCCGGUGCGGCAUGGUCCAGCAGAAUGUCCGCCAUGGGCCAUAUGAUGGGAUAUGGAGCGGGUGCUAUCGACCUCGUAGGCAUGUUGGGGACGACGCUUGGAGACACGCAGUUUAAGCAACUGACCCUGAUCGCCACCUUCUUCAUACUCUUCUCCUCGGGCGUGUCCUGCUGGGCGGUUACCGAGAGGGUGCUCGUCUCCACCCGACCAGACUCUCGCAAGCCUGCCGGCCGUUUCAAGGUCUUCAGCCAGAUCUGGUCCACGCUGCUUAACCUGCCCCCACGUAUCCAGGCCAUCUGCUGGGCACAGUUCUGGGCGUGGAUCGGCUGGUUCCCCUUCCUCUUCUACAGCGCGACCUGGGUCGGUGAGACGUAUUUCCGCUACGAUGCGCCCGAGGAGGCAAAGAACUCCAAAGACAUGCUCGGCGAUGUCGGUCGCAUCGGCAGCACCGCCCUCGUCAUCUACUCCACCGUCACCCUUAUCGGCGCCUGGCUCCUGCCCAUGGUCACAAAGUCGCCAGACGACGAGAAGUAUACGGCACGCCCGCCCCAAGGGCUGGCUACCCUCGCAGAAAAGUUCAGCAAGCGCAAACCUGACCUCAUGACCGUCUGGAUGGCCGGCCAUCUCAUGUUUGCGAGCGCCAUGUUCAUGGCUCCCUUCGCCGCCAGUUUCCGAUUUGCCACUUUCCUCGUCGUCAUCUGCGGACUUCCUUGGACCAUUGCCAUGUGGGCGCCCGUCACCUUUCUCGGCGUCGAGGUCAACAAGCUCAGCGGCGCCACAGAUGCUGGCGGCCCAGCCUACCGCCGCCUGUCCAACGCCGAUGACAUUGAGCUGCCAGCCAUCAACGCAGACCACGCUCUGCAUCUGGAGCAUGGGUCCGACACGCCUGGCGCUUCAUCGUCAACGGGCGAACUGUCGGGCAUCUAUUUCGGUAUCCUCAACAUCUACUCAACGCUGCCGCAAUUUAUUGGUACCUUUAUCAGCACCAUCGUCUUUACGAUCCUCGAGCCCGGCAAGAGCCCCGAGCUUGCCAAGGGGGCGGAUCCCGCUGAGCAUCACGAUACUGACGGCCCCAACGCCAUUGCCGUAUGUCUCUUCAUCGGCGCCAUCUCUGCGGUCGGCGCCGCAUACACCACGUCGAGGUUGAGAUAUCUGUGA